AUGAAUGAUAUACACGGAGGAAAUACGAAUAAUUCAUUUCAACAAUCAAAUGGUGAAUUAGUAGAUAUUUCUAUUACUAAUCAAGCUACUGAAGAUGAAAAUAAUAUUGAUCCAAAAUCUGGUUAUUCAUCACAUUAUACAUCAAUUUGUUAUCCAUUUGCUGGAAUGAUUCGUGAUGUUAAAAUACGUUUACCUUAUUAUUUAUCCGAUUGGAAAUUAGCUUUUUCUUAUCGUAUAUUUGCUGCUACAAUUCGUAUAUUUUUUCUUAAUACGAUUCCAGCAUUAGCUUAUGCUCUUGAUUUAUAUUUACGUAGUGAGCAUUAUUAUGGAGUUAAUGAAGCUUUACUUGCAUCUGCUCUCGGAGGUAUUGUCUUUGGUCUAUUAGCUGUACAACCAAUAUCUAUCGUUGGUUUUACUGGUUUAAUUAGUUUAUUUAAUUAUACAACUUACAAUAUCAUCAGUCGAAAUUCUCAAGUGCCUUAUUUAUCUUUUAUGUGUUGGACAGCUAUAUGGGCAGCUAUUUUUCAUUGGCUUAUUGCUAUAUUUAACUUAGUGACAUAUGUUCGUUAUAUGACAAAUUUUACUGCAGAAAUCUUUGGUUUUUAUGUUGGUGCUGUUUAUAUACAAAAAGGAAUUGAAUUUAUAAUUGAUGAUUUUCAUGAAUCAUCAACAAAAGGAUUUAUGUCAGUUUUAGUAGCUUUUGGCUUCUUUUUCUCCUAUUGGGUAUUAACACAUAUAGGUCAAUCAAGUUAUUUUACUCGAACUAUUCGUGAUUUUUUUGUUGAUUAUGCUAUGAUUCUAUGUGUUAUUUUUUGGUCUGGUUUUGCUUUUAUUCCAGGUCAUUUACGUUCAACCAAUAUUGAACGAUUAGCAGUUACAUCUGCUUAUCAACCAACAGUUUCUACACGUUCGUGGUUUGUUAAUCCUUCAGAUUUAGAUGUUAAAUAUAUUUUUAUUGCAAUACCAUUUGCUUUAUUAGUUACAGCAUUAUUCUAUUUUGAUCAUAAUGUAUCAAGUUUAACAGCUCAAGCUAAACAUUAUCCAUUACGAAAACCAGCUGGAUUUCAUUGGGAUUUUUUUCUAUUAGGAUGGACU